AUGUUCCGUUCUCUUCUUGGUGUUGCUCUUCUGGCAACUACAGUAAUCUGUCAAGGAGAAAAGGAUUUGAUUACUAAUUUACCUGGCCUUCUUUUCAAAACUAAUUUCAAAUCUUAUUCCGGAUAUGUGAAUGCAAAUGCUAAUGGAACAUGGAGAAUGCAUUAUAUGUUGACAGAAUCUCGUUCCAAUCCAGACACUGAUCCAUUAUUGGUAUGGUUUAACGGAGGACCAGGAUGCUCCUCAUUGGGAGGGUUAUUUGAAGAACUCGGUCCAUUUUAUGUGAAUUUUGACGGAGAAACACUUUAUGAAAACCCAUACGCAUGGAAUGCGAAAGCCAACGUUUUGUACUUGGAAUCUCCAAUUGGUGUCGGUUAUUCAUAUGACACUACCACUCCAAGAUACUCCCAAGCCAAUGACGAUCAAUCAGCUGCUCAAAACUUGCUCGCUUUGACCAACUUCUUCAAUGUUGCCCAACCAAAAUACGUCAACCGUACUUUCUAUCUCUCUGGUGAAUCAUAUGCUGGAAUCUAUAUUCCGAUGCUCACUGAUCUCAUUGUUCAAGGAAUCAACAACGGCUCUUUCCCAAAUAAGAACUUCCAGGGAUCUGCCAUCGGAAACGGAUUCAUGGAUGUGAAGAAACUUUUGAAUGCUCUUGCUCUGUGGAGUGCCUACCACGGGCGUGUUUCUCUUCAAAACUGGGAUAGAAUCAAGACAGAGUGCGCAAAUGGAACAGAUAUCGACAACUUUGACUUUUCUCAAUAUACUGCCACUAACAAUAGUAUUGAUUAUGUCGGAACUAACACGACUUGCGGAAAUCUCAUUCAACCACUCAUUUCCCAAAAUGGAGAUAAGGAAGGAUUUGAUCAAUACAAUUUCUACCAAGAGUGCUACGAUAAGUCAGUUUUCCAAGCUCCACCACCAUCAGGUGCUGGAAAAAGAGCGAAAAGAAGUGCAUUCAGCGGAGUUUCUUCAAUUAAAAAGAAUCUACAAUAUCAAACUCUUGGAAGCUUCAAAGGAACUUCCAACUUGGCAAAGAAUACUGCUACCCUCGUCAAUCGCUUCUCAAACGACAAUCAGUUCUCUUACUUCUGUUGGAACGAGGAUGCUGUCGGGACGUAUUUGAAUAGUGACAAAGUUCAAAACGCUCUGAAUAUUCCACAAGAAUGGAAAAACCAGAACAACACCUGGGCAGACUGCAGAGAUAAAAUGUAUGACGACUACAUACUCAAAUAUCACGACACCAAUCAGUUCUUCGAUAACAUCAUCAAGAAUCUGAAAACUGAUUUCCGUUUCUUGAUUUACAAUGGAGAUGUUGACACCGUCUGUAACUAUUUGGGAGAUGCCAAGCAUAUAAGAAAUGUCGCAAAAAACAACGGUCUCACUACCGAAACUGAUCGUGUUCCAUGGUACUACAGUGACAACAAACAAUUGGCUGGAUACGUGCAGUCUUAUUCCGGAAAGAAUGCAAACGGAGCAAACAUCAUCAUUGAUCUUCUGACUGUAAAGGGAGCUGGACACAUGGUUCCAUAUGAUCGUGCUGGUCCAUCAGUUCAAAUGAUUUCUAACUUUGUUUGGGCUGCAAAGAAUGCUCCUAUCGACUAUACCAGCCAGGCUAACUUCAAUCCAAACAUCCAACUCUCUGAUAUGAUCGACACUGGAUCUUCCUCUACUACUUCUUUCCUUUUCGCAGUUUCUGCCGUGUUGCUCAAUUUGAUUCUUUAA